AUCCCUUUAUAUUCGAACUUGAGACCUCUGCAAACAGAGUUGUAGAUUAUGGUACCUAACUGUCAACUUGGACGAUUCAUUGAUUUUUUCUGUGCACUUUCUCUUUACACUUUUAUGUAUUUUUAUCUUUUAUUUUUCAUUUAGUACUAUUGUUCCAGCUAAUCAAAAUAGAAGUCCAAAUUUACCUUAUAAAGUGGGUAAAGAAAAUCAAACUUCACCGUUGUGUGGACUUAUAAGUAAUCAGCCUUCAACAUACACAAGGGUUCUCUUCUCUAAGACAUUUCAUAUCUUUGGCUUCCAUGGCUAAGCCCAGAAACAACUCUCUCUCCUACCUCUUCUCCUCCAUCAUCCUCUUCUUGAGCUUCUUUCUUGGCAAAUCCAUCCAUUUUAACCUAGACAACGCCUUGUCAUGGCUUAAUGACCAGGACGACGAUGAAGUUACCAUGGUCCAAAGCCGUCAUUCAUCGCUUAAAAGUUGUGAUUUCUCGUAUGGAAAAUGGGUUUAUGAUCAAACUUACCCACUCUACGAUUCGAACUGUCCCUAUCUCAGCACUGCUGUGACUUGUAAAAAGAAUGGACGGCCGGAUUCCGACUAUGAGAAAUGGAAGUGGAAGCCGCACAGGUGUUCAAUUCCAAGGUUUGAUGCAUUGGAAUUUCUGGGGAAAAUGAGAAGGAAAAGAAUAAUCCUGGUGGGUGAUUCCAUAAUGAGGAAUCAGUGGGAGUCUCUCGUAUGCCUGGUGCAAUCAGUGGUUCCAACUGGCCGAAAGACGGUCACUUAUGCUGGCCCUACCAUGGCCUUCCAUGCCUUGGAUUUUGAGACAUCAAUUGAGUUUUGCUGGGCACCAUUCCUAGUGGAAUUGAAGCAAGCAAGCGGAAACAAGAGAGUUUUGCAUCUGGAUAUGAUUGAGGAGAAUGCCAAGUAUUGGAGAGGAGCUGAUGUUCUUGUGUUUGAUUCAGCUCAUUGGUGGACUCACUCUGAAAAAUGGAGCUCGUGGGACUAUCUCAUGGAGGGAAACAGUGCCUACAGAAGUUUGAACCCCAUGGUUGCUUAUGAGAAAGGACUUACAACAUGGGCCAAAUGGGUAGAUUUGAAUCUAGACCCUCGCACAACUCGGAUCGUUUUUCGAAGCAUGUCACCGAGCCAUAACAGGGAGAACGGUUGGAAGUGCUACAACCAGAGGGAACCGCUCGGGUUCGCCAGCCACCCUCAUGUUCCUCAACAAACGCUGGUGCUGAAAGGGGUGUUAAGAAAGAUGAGGUUUCCGGUAUAUUUGCAAGACAUUACAACCAUGUCUUCUCUUAGGAAAGAUGGGCAUCCCUCUGUUUAUGCCAGGGCUGUGGAUUCAAAAGAGAAGCAAACCAUUCAAAACUCGUCCUCUGACUGCAGCCAUUGGUGCCUUCCUGGGGUACCUGAUGCUUGGAAUGAAAUUCUUAGUGCUAUGCUUUGAGCUUGUACUGUUAAGUCCUGGGACUUGUACGUAUAAUUAUGGUUAGAAUAACUGUUUUGUGCAACAUUAGUGGUUGCUUCUCUUUCAUAAUAGAGCGUUUGAUUGUUUAAUUAGGUCUGGUAUGUUGUGCUUUUGGUCUUCAAAAGUAAUUUUGUGUGACUGUUGGGUAUUUGACUUCUAUUGUAUGACACUACACUGACCAAGUUUGGUUUGUCA